AUGACUGAACAUUGUUAUGUAGCCAAAGUGGAACAUUUGUCUCAAAAGGACAUGGGCAUCGAACUCUCUAAAAAAACUGAAUGUCCAGUUAAUUUAAUUGCUCGAUUCCGUGUAAGGGACAAGCGUAUUGUUGUAAGGAACUGGGAUUGUAUGCAUAAUCACGAUUCAGUGAUUGAGGAAAAAAAAAUCAGCAGUGGACCAAAUAGAAGACGACCAAAUAGCAGAGGACCAAAUAGCAGAGGACCAAAUAGAAGACGACCAAAUAGAAAGAAAGUUUUGUAUAAUGAUAUUCGAAAUGUAGAUGAUGAAGAUAAAACUGAUAGAACUUUAGGUAAGAGUACUGAUAUAAACAUAAGAGAAACAUCUGCUGAAAAUGAAGAAAUUAUUAAUAUUGAGACGUUGCCGAUAGUGUUCGAGAAUGAGGAUUUGAGUUUAACAGAUUCAAUUAAUAUGCAGCCAAGCUCAAGCCGAGGCAAAAAGAAAAUAAAGAAAAGGCAUCCAGUUGGUUAUCAACAUUUAAAAUAUUUAAAAACUCUGCCUAACAUACCGAGAGCUAAUGAAACUCGACUUACUACUGAAACUCUUGAGGAAAUUGCUGGUGCUUCUAAGAUUGACUUACUUGAUGAUGUUGAAACAGAAUCUGUAGUUGAGGCAUCAAAUAUUUUAAGUCAAGAAAAGUCUGACAAUGAUCCUUCGUUGCCUGAUCCUGAUGAAGAUGUACCAGCUCUUCCAUUCAAUAUUGGUCGCUCAGUCGAAAACACUGAAACUCUUGAGGAAAUUGCUGGUGCUUCUAAGAUUGACUUACUUGAUGAUGUUGAAACAGAAUCUGUAGUUGAGGCAUCAAAUAUUUUAAGUCAAGAAAAGUCUGUCAAUGAUCCUCCGUUGCCUGAUCCUGAUGAGGAUGUACCAGAUCUUCAAUUAAAUAUUGGUAGCUCAGUCGAAAACACUGGAACUCUGGAAGAAAUUGCUGCUGCUUUUAAGAUUGACUUACUUGCUGUUGAACCGGAAUCUGCAGUUGAAGCGACAAAUAACUUGAGUAAAAACAAGUCUGUCAAUGAUCCUCCGUUGCCUGAUCCUGAUGAGGAUAUCCCUUAUCCGACGCGGUGCCCUAUGUGUUUGAAGAUCUUUCUACCCUUGCAAAUUAUUUUGAAGCAUCAGCCCUGA